CAUGCAUGUGUCACGCCUAGAGCCUGUAUCAAUGAAACUGGUUCUGUUUCCUUCCUUGCGGCCCGCCGGGUGCUCGUUGUAUCACGGAAGUAUGUGUGUUGAUGCAAUUUGCAAAUGACAGCCCGAGCCCGGCCCUGCAGAGUCUUCAAGCGGAACUUGCAGACACGGAAAUGGAUUCUGCCUAGCGUUAGUUCUGUAGGAAAGGCAAAUUGUCCUGUUUACAGUCUACUUGGGUUGAACAGCUCAGAUGAGGACGAGACAGGAAUCGUAAGAUUUUUAAAAGUUAGCCUUGUUGCAAACGCGCGGCCGACUGGAAGGACGUUUGUUGUAUGAGCCGUCAUCAGUCCGUGUGAAAGUUGGCAUUGGAAAGUUGACCUGCUAGCUGCGCGGACGCGGACUUUUCGAGAGUUUGAAAGCCAGACGACACGGUGUUUUAUUGAAGUCGGGGUGUGUGAAAUCUCACCACCACCUUGCAUGUUUCUGAGGUGAUACGUUCGAGUUUUUGGCUUGGUUUAUGCCUCGGAGGACGGGGAUUACGCGGGUCGAACGUGGAGACAACGUGACAAGAUGGCUGAGGCAGAGUCCCACGUUAGCUCCAAGAACCUGGCACUGCGUAUGGAGAAGAAAAUUGCCAGCAAGAUGUCCACCAAGCGAGUGGCCAACCUCUUCAUCGAUGACACGCUGGCUGGGGUGCUGGAUAACCUGUCAGCCAUGCUCAAGCAGUACACGGGCAACAAGAAGGAUGCUGACAAGGUCAUCAAGAACAUCAUCAAGGUCACCAUCAAGAUCGGCAUCCUCUAUCGCAAUGACCAGUUCAGCCCUGAGGAGCUGGCGCUGGCCGAGGCCUUCCGCAAGAAGUUCCGCACCCUGGUCAUGACGGUGGUCAGCUUCCAUGAGGUGGCCUUCAGCUAUGACAAGGCCUACCUGACGGAGCUCCUGGACAGCUGUGCCCAGAUGCUGACCCAACUGGUGGAGCACCACCUGCGGGACAAGUCGGUGGGCCGCAUCGACCACGUCUUCAAGUUUUUCUCGAACAGUGCCUUCAUGGAAACGGUCUUUACUGAAGACACGCCCCUGAAAUGCCACUUAGACAAAAUAGUGGUGGGGCUCAAUAAACUUCUAGAGGGCGGCCACAUCUGAUUUUUUUUUUAAUCAAAAUUUCUUGGGGGAACUUGCUUGCCUGUAAUGUUUGUUGAACCAUUCCUUUAGGUUGUAUACACAUGUGUAUACUCACUCACAUGAACCCAUUGACAAAGAGCUUCUGUGUAACCAUCCCUGUAGUUACCGAAAAUUUCAUCAGUUAGUUUAAGUGAUUUGAAUUUGGUCGUAACUCAGCCUCUUUGGUCUCAGUUAUUUUCGGGGAAGUUUUAUGUUUAACAGAAACUCUUGUGUAAACUGACUUGGCCUAAAAAUGAGCACUGUCCCCUGGUCAUCGUAUAGCUGUAUCUACUUUAGACGACUUUCAUGUGAUGUCAAGCCAACCACUGGCAUGGCUGUCAGUGUAUGCACAUGUACCCCACUAGCCCCUCAAAAUGGCUGCAAAUUGUACACAGGUGAACCUGAGAAAUAUCAUGAGAAGGGUUGUGAAAUCUCGAUAUAAGUCAAGUACUGGUAUUUUAAAUGCUAACAUGUGCAUGCUACACACUGAGGGCAAAAGAAGGAAAGGGAAGGCAAAUUUCAUGAGAACAAGAAGCAUAGCUUCUGCCCUGAUGUUUCCACUUUCAUGAGAAAUUUACUUCGCCUAAACAUUUACAUGAUGUAAGCGUAUCACCUGGGCUAGGAUCUUUGAGAAUUGUCUGAAUACAAACAUCCCCUUAGUGAAAUAACCUGCAUUCCAGCAAUACCAAAUUCAGGUUAUUGUUGUAAGGCAUGCUUUGAGACAAACACUCAGAUGCACAUGAUCCCGCCAGUGGCAUUGGGAGGACGGGGUUUGAUUCUGCCCUGCCCCACCCUACCAAAAGCAAGAUAUCGCAAUCAUUCAGGAGUAUAGGACAGCAGCAUUAUGUAAACGUGAACACUACACGUAAAUGGACCAUAUCAUGUUUGCUGCGUUCCACUUCUGUGGUUGGAUGCAUGCUCUCAUGCCUUCACAUGAUCACAGUCCAGGGUCCAGUUCCUGUGAACGGAUGCUCAUCUUCGGUGUGGAACCUUCAGUGUUCCUGAUAUGGUGCCUAUUCUGGCGCACACAGACGUAUCAGUGAAUGCUGUUGGAGAGACCGCCCAGCCAGGCUCAGUAUAGGUAUCCCACCGGAUGCAGCUUCCGCGAUACUGCGUUAUCUCUUCCAGUGCCUCAUCCACAUAUGGCCCAUGCUAAACAGUCAUUGACAUAAACUGUAGACCCUUUGCAGUAUUUUGAACUGCACCAUAAAUGAAGGUGACAGACGCAUACUAAAAGUUAGAUUGUGACACGCCUUAAUGAAACAGCCCGUAUUUCACAUAAUUGUCAGAACAAGACAAUUUGUGGUCAUAUUGAAGAUACGUUAGGGCUCUAUGACAAUAGACCCUUUCACUAAUAAACUCGUAAUUGCGCAUGCAUGCGCACAAAUGGCCUUGGCAGCAAGAAAUGUGAGCAGGACAUUGAAAAUGUACAGGGGUGCAAUUUUGAUUA